CUUCUCUUCCUCAUUCUUCUAGGGUUUCCUUACAUUUGUUCUUAGGAUUUACGCACUUGGUAGCAAUUCCAAAGGCACAUCUGAUCCAUAAAGUAAUAAGCCUUGCUCCCUUGGUUAUGGAAGAAAUUGAUAUAUUCAAUAAUAGAAAAAAAGAAGCAUAGGGAGGCUAAUCAAACCAUACAGUUUCCUGGUUCCGAUCAGGAAACUGUGGAGAAUUAUGGGCUGCAAAUUCUCCAAAGGAAUACGAGCAAAUGAUAGCAUCAGCAACCAGAACAUUGACAACAACAACAUUGUGAAGGAGAGAAGAAGCAAGCCUAAAAAAACCUCAAAGAAGAAGAAAAAGCCUGCUUCAUCCAGCAUAGUCAAUGUAGGAUCCGAGGAAACUCAAGGCUUUAUCAAUGCCAGCAACAGCAAGGAAGAAGCCACCUUGAAGCUCCUAAUACCCAUUGAUGCCAAGAAUCCAACCCCCAUAUCAUCUAAUGAAGAGGGUGAGAACAAGAUGGUGAAUAUUGAAAGAAAAUCUUCCAGGUCUGUCUUCCAGAGACGUGAGGCAUUGCAACAACCUAGGAUGACUAGAAUAAGCAGUGUUAGUAAUGGAGAAAGAGGUGCUCAGGUUAUGGCUGGUUGGCCUUCUUGGUUAGCAUCUGUUGCUGGAGAAGCUAUCAAUGGAUGGAUUCCACGCAAGCCAGAUUCUUUCGAAAAGUUGGAGAAGAUUGGACAAGGGACAUAUAGCAGUGUGUACAAAGCCAGGGACCUAGAGACAAACCAAAUAGUUGCACUGAAGAAAGUGCGGUUUGCUAAUAUGGAUCCUGACAGUGUUCGGUUCAUGGCAAGAGAAAUCAUCAUCCUUAGAAGGCUUGACCAUCCCAACGUUAUGAAGCUUGAGGGUUUGAUCACUUCCGGGGUAUCAGGGAGUAUGUAUCUUAUAUUUGAAUAUAUGGAACAUGAUCUCUCAGGCCUUGCUUCAACACCUGGUGUUAAGUUCUCUGAGCCACAGAUUAAAUGCUAUAUGAAACAGUUGCUACAUGGUCUUGAACACUGUCACAGCCGAGGUGUAUUGCACCGUGACAUCAAAGGCUCGAAUCUUCUCCUCGACCAAAACAACAAUCUCAAAAUUGGAGAUUUCGGUCUUGCCAACUUUUACGGCCCCCAUCAGAAGCAGCCUCUCACUAGCCGUGUUGUAACUUUGUGGUACCGUCCACCUGAACUCUUGCUAGGGUCAACAGACUACGGCAUUACUGUGGACAUGUGGAGCACAGGAUGCAUUCUAGCAGAACUAUUUAAUGGGAAGCCUAUCAUGCCUGGAAGAACUGAGGUAGAACAACUACACAAGAUCUUCAAACUCUGUGGCUCACCUUCUGAAGACUAUUGGAAAAGAUCUAAACUUCCAGAUGCGACCAUUUUUAAACCUCAGCAUCCUUACAAGAGGUGUGUAGCCGAGACGUUUAAGAGUCUUCCUUCUUCAGCUUUAGCACUAGUUGAGGUUCUUCUAGCUGUUGAGCCAGAUGUCCGUGGAACCACGGCUAUUGCCCUUCAAAGCGAGUUCUUUACCACAGAGCCUUUUGCAAGCGAGCCAUCAAGUUUACCAAAGUACCAACCGAGAAAGGAAAGUGAUGUGAAGCUUCGAGAGGAGGAAGCAAGACGAAAGAAAGGCACAAGCAGUAAACAGAAUGAGUCAAAACAAGUAUCAAGAGAAUCUAAAGCCAAUGGCGAGUUACUACCAUCAAUACAAAAACCUCAAGGGCAGAGUAGCCAGACAGGAUUGAGUGAAAAGCUCAAUACUAAUGAAGAUGCAGCACUGAAGAGUGGAACCACAGAAAACGGAUACACGAGGUAUGGUCUGUCCUCUGUUAAUAGAAGUGGAGAGAGUGUCAUGAUGGGUUCGAGUCGGUCACCAAGAAAAGAACUGAGGACACAACGUUCUUUUGUUCAACGAGGAGCACCACAAUUAUCAAAGUUCUCAAACUCAGUAGCUGCUAGAGAUGCAUCACAUUUCUCUGUAGCAAAUCCACGGUGGCUUGAAGAUAGUUAUAAUAAUAACAAAGGGGAUGGUGACUGGUCUCAACGUCUGCUGGUUAAACCAAAAUAUUCUACAAAAGACAAAGAAUCCAAACGAGGUCACGGUGAGAAGAUUGAGAGAAUGAACUACUCAGGGCCAUUGGUUUCUAAUGGAGGAAACUUGGAUGAUAUGUUGAAAGAGCAUGAAAGACUGAUUCAGUUAGCUGUUCGAAAAGCUCGGGAUAAGAAGACGAACAGGGACGAUAACGGACUGACUCAAGCAUGUCUUGCAGUGUAGAAAAGACGGUCGAUCUUCGGUGACGUCUUGUGUAAAGUUGAAAGAUUAAAUCCUGUAAUUUAUUUAUUUUUUUAACCUAUUCUAACGGUACUACCGACUUGUACUCAAA